AUGAAGCGCUCACGAGAGCCGGAAGAGCAUUUAGACUCCCAUUCCCAAGACGGGGAUACAGAGCGCUAUCAAAGUCGAGACUCCAGUUUACCCACCACCAAAAUAUCACAGCUCGACUCGGCGGUCGAAGACGACGACGACGACAACGACACGCCCACAAUGAAAUGCGCACUUCCCCCUCAUAAAGAACCGAUCGCUUUCAGGUCGUACCAGGAAUACGAAUCGCAUUACAACCUGUUUCACACCAACCGAUGUCUUGAAUGCCGCAAGAACUUUCCCUCGCAGCACCUGCUUGAUGUACACAUCGAAGAAUGCCACGACCCGCUUGUUAGAGUGCGAAGAGACAAAGGCGAACACACGUUUUCCUGUUUUGUUGAGGGAUGUGAGCGCAAGUGUCUGACGCAUCAAAAGCGGCGUCUACACAUGAUUGACAAGCAUUUGUACCCGAAAAACUUCUUCUUUGGCGUCACUAAGGAUGGGAUUGAUGGAAGACGAUCACUACUGGUUGAAGGCGACCACCGCCGACGGAGGUCAUCGACAGCCUCCAUAUCAAAGGAAUCACGACGAAGAGCAAACACGUUGGAGGGAACGGAUGCAGGUUCAAAGGGCGAGAGCAAAAACAGCAAGUCGCUGCCCCCAGGCGCCGUCAAGGAGCUGGCUCCUAAAAAGCAAAAUGCGGACGCAGACAUGGCGGAUCUCACUGGAGCCAUGUCAGCGUUGCAGUUUGUUCCUCCCAGCGUCCGGUUUGGUCGAGGCGGCCGGGCGGGUUUCUCAAAGUCAUGA